CUACCGCUUUUGACCCCGCCCGCUUCCUUUCAGAGGAGGAUCCCGUCCACAGCUGCACAACCGCCCCUUCCGGAGGGGGGCGCUCUGCGCGGUUGGUGUUCCAAUUCUUUCUGUCCCCCACCCCACCCAUCUCUUUUUUUUUCCCCGAGGUCCGCCGGGUACUCCAUGAGGCGGUUCUGGUUCCGGCGGUGGGCGGUGGCGUGUCCAGGGCCUGGGCUCAGGUGCUGCAGGAGAUGGCUAGGUCCGCCUUAGACUGAUGCUGGCUUGCUUGGAGCUCGGCGGUGGAAGGUGCUGGAGGACAAAAGCUGGAAAAGGAGAGCCAGAUGUGGAGAAGGAGAAGAAGGCCGUCGCCACUGAGGCCCUCGUAGGCCCGGCCUCGCCGGCAGAUGCAUCCCAGGAUGAAUGAAAUGAGUCUGAGCCCUGUGGGGAUGGAACAACUGGCAGCUUCUUCUGUGAGCAAUGCCUUGGCUGUUGCAGGAAAUCACAUUGCUUUGACCUCCUCCCCCACCCAUAAUGCUAUACCAGCACCAGGAUUACCAGUUGCAAUUCCAAAUUUGGGGCCCUCAUUGCCGUCUGCUUUGUCUCUGAUGCUUCCAAUGGGCAUUGGAGAUCGAGGAGUGAUGUGUGGUAUACCAGAAAGAAAUUAUACCCUACCUCCACCACCGUACCCUCAUCUAGAAAGCAGCUACUUUAGACACAUUCUACCUGGUCUCAUAUCUUACUUAGCUGACAGACCUCCACCUCAGUGUAUUCACCCCAACAAUAUCAAUGUUGAUAGUAACUCAGCUUUAUCUGUCUCCAAUAAUCCUUCAGACUUAGAUCCCUACCAGCCCAAUGGAUCCGUGGGUCUUGAAGCAGGCAUUGUCUCCAUGGAUUCUCGUUCAGUGAACGCACAUAACACUCAAAGUUUGCAUCCCAAUGAUGGCCAUGAUGUAGCUCUGGAUACAACAAUUACCAUAGAAAGUGUUUCAAGAGUUACCAGUCCAAUCUCAAGCGACAGAAUGGCUGAAGAGCUUAGGAUGAGUGAUGUAGGUGGGGAUCAUUCACAAAUUGCAAAUGGCAGCCAUAAUCAUGAGCCUCUAGCAGUGGAUGGUGGUUUAGCCUCAGAAACUGUAGGGCAUAAUGGUGUCAUCCCCAUCCAUGGUAACAGUUUGGAACUUCCUGUUGUUAUGGAGACUGACCACAUUUCGGGCCGUGUCAAUGGGAUGUCUGACCGAACACUUGGGGACUCUAUUCAUACAGUGGCCAUGAGCAGCAAUUCUGUGAGUGUUGCGCUUUCUACCUCACAUAAUCUCACUUCCUUGGAAUCUGUCUCAUUACAUGAAGUGGGUCUCAGCUUGGAGCCUGUGACUGUAUCCUCCAUUAACCAGGAAGUAGCCAUGGGACAAAAUCAUGUGGAUGUCUCUUCAGACAAUCUUGCUUUUGUGCCAUCAUCAUUGCAGAUGGAAGAUUCCAAUUCCAAUAAGGAGAAUAUGGCUACAUUGUUUACAAUAUGGUGCACCCUCUGCGACAAGGCUUACCCGUCAGAUUGCCCAGAUCAUGGGCCAGUGACUUUUGUUUCUGACACUCCAAUAGAGAGCAGGGCCAGACUUUCUCUCCCAAAACAGCUUAAUAUCCGCCAUGCUGUAAUGGGACCUGAAGUUGGUGGACAAUAUUGUCAAUUAUCAACUUGUCUUGGAACUCCUUCCUUAGGUGUGUGGACUCGGGAAACGAUUCCUGUCCGUACCUGCUUUGGACCACUCAUUGGUCAACAAAGUCACUCAGUAGAAGUAGCUGACUGGACAGACAAAGCAGCCAAUCACAUUUGGAAGAUGUAUCACAAUAAUGUCCUGGAAUUCUACAUCAUUACAACGGAUGAAAAUGAAUGUAACUGGAUGAUAUUUGUGCGGAAGGCCAGGAACCGGGAAGAACAGAAUCUGGUAGCCUACCCUCACGAUGGAAAGAUUUACUUCUGCACCUCACGUGACAUUCCUCCAGACCAGGAGCUCCUUUUUUACUAUAGUCGUGACUAUGCCCGGCAGAUUGGUGUUCCUGAGCAUCCUGAUGUGCAUACUUGUCACUGUGGAAAAGAAUGUGCCUCCUAUGCAGAGUUUAAGGUCCAUCUGAGUAGUCAUCUCCACAGCCACUUCCCCAGUCAGGGACACAGCAGUACCCCUGGAUCAGGACACAGUAAGGAAAGGAAAUGGAAAUGCUCUAUGUGCCCUCAAGCUUUUAUAUCACCUUCUAAGCUUCAUGUUCAUUUCAUGGGGCAUAUAGGUAUGAAGCCACACAAGUGUGAUUUCUGUAGCAAGGCCUUCAGUGAUCCCAGCAAUCUGCGUACCCAUCUUAAAAUUCAUACAGGUCAAAAAAAUUAUCGCUGUGCACUCUGUGAAAAAUCUUUUACUCAGAAGGCACACCUAGAGACACAUAUGGUUAUCCACACUGGAGAAAAAAAUCUGAAAUGUGAUUAUUGCGAUAAACUAUUUAUGCGGCGUCAAGAUCUCAAGCAGCAUGUGCUCACCCAUACACAAGAACGUCAAAUCAAAUGUCCACAAUGUGAGAAGCUAUUCUUAAGGACAAAUCACCUAAAGAAACAUUUAAACUCUCAUGAAGGAAAAAGGGAUUAUGUGUGUGAAAAGUGUUCCAAAGCUUAUUUAACAAAAUACCACCUUACUCGCCAUCUAAAAAUUUGUAAAGGACCAACCUCUAGUCUCUCAGCCCAAGAAGAGGAGGAGGAAGAUUCUUCAGAGGAGGAAGAAUUGAUAAAUUCUACAACAAAUGAAAAUUGCCAACUCAGAACCACCAUGUAUGUGACAGCUGAUACACUUUCUUGUCACAAAUAAGGCAAUUCCUAAAAUUGUUUGUUUAAACUUACUCUCAGCGGCCAAAUUCUCAUCUGUAAUGAAAAUGGCUUAUCUGUUUUCAGACUGAUUGCCAGGAACAUUAAAACAAGAUAAUUACUAUGUUCAUCUAUUAAAACGGUAUCAUUGGUGACUUGGUUGAUGCAUGAUGGAUACAGCUGAAAUAGCAUCAGCUGUCAAGGACGUACUUAAUGUGAAAAUAUGCACAAACCAAAUUUUUUUUCAUUAAACUGUUUUUUUAUUGGAAAAAAGUUUGUAGCUUAACUUAGUUCAUUAAAUUG